AUGGGCCGCGGCAGCGGGUCUCCCAUCGUGGAGCAGCAGCAGCAGCAGCAGCAGCAGCAGCAGAUGCAUCAUCUCGGCGCGCUCGCG